AUGAUGCAGCUCAAAAUCCCUCUAUCAUAUCUCCUCCUGGUUAUCUCCGAUUGAAGGAGGAUGAUCCUUCGCAAUGGAUUAUUAAUAACAGAAAUUUACUCAUGUUGGUUCGAUUUUUGGACUUGGAAAAUGUUAAGGAGUUAACAGAUUCCAUAAUGCAAUUCAGUGAGCUCACCCACCUCUAUCUCUACUUCACUGAUCAUAUUUGCCUCCCGGAUAACUACUUUGUCACAUUCACAAGGCUUACACAUCUCUCUCUCGACUCUUCUGAUGUUGAAAUUGAUGAGUCCGUUAUUCACAGCUUAAGCAAGCUAUCCAAUUUACAAACACUACAUCUGCGAUUAUCCAUUUAUGAUAGCUUGGAAAAUUUUAAUAUGCCUGUCAGCCUCAAACAUCUCUCUUUAUCAUCUUGCAAUAUGAGGCCACUUUAUGAUAGCUUGGAAAAGUUAACUAACUUAAGGAGUCUGGAUCUCAAUUCCUGUGAUUAUUGCGAGUCAUUGCCACCAUGUAUGUAUAUUCACAAACUCAGGCUUGUGGAUUGCUCCUUCGAGUCACUUGACUCACUUCCUAUUGGCCUACAUCACCUGGAAAUUUUGUUUUUCAAAGAUUAUAAUGACCUGAGAUGUAUCUUUGAAAAAUGUUGGAAUAAAUUAGUCAACCUGGAGACACUCUCCAUUACAUGUUCUAAAAUGGAGUUCUUUCCUGAAGAUAUAGCAAGACUCCACAACUUGCAAGAAUUACAACUCAAAGACUGUAUCAGCCUCGAAAAACUACCAUCAAAUCUACAUGAGUUAGUCAAUUUGCAUACUCUUGAUAUCAGCGUCACCAGAAUCAAGACCCUUCCUCCUAGUUUUGUGAAGCUGCGCAAUCUACUACACUUAAUCCUCCCCAAGUGUUUUAACUUUGAAAGAUUGCCAAGGAAUCUGAAGCAAGUGUCCAUCAUCGAUGACACAGAAGAAGCAUACUACAAGAGCAACGCCUAUGAUGCUUCCCUUUACCAAGCCUCAGCCUCCGAUGAAAGCGAAGAUGAAGUAACUGUUGUUCCUAGAGUAGAAAUUCAUGAAACUGUCCCUGAUGAGCAGACAUCAGCAGAUCCUUUCAACAGUAUAAGUAUGGGCUCUAUUGAGCACAUAACAACAGCACAAGGUGGUAUUGAGCAAGAUAAUGGUGAGAACAGUCAUCAUGAUUUAGAAAAUGGGCAGAAACAGGUCCCUCAACACAAUAAGGUGGAGAGAAAUAGUAGAAUUGAAAUAUCUGAAGAGAAGCUACAACAAUGUUGGUCCGAAAACCCGAUGUCACUACAAGAAACUGCAGAAAAAAUAUUUGGAGUAUCGAGGUCUACAUUGAAACGAACAAUAAAAGAAUUGGGUGUCGAGAAGUGGCCAAGAAAAGGAAGAAAACAACAGCCUGAUGCAAAGAAGAGGAAAACAAACAAUACAGCACCAUUGAAAGUUAUUGCUCACAACAGAAUGUGGUGAACCUAGGUAGUUCAGCAGCUCACACGGAAAAUGUGCAGUGUAUAAUGGGAUCAGACCUGCAUUUGGAAGAGCCCUUAAUUGAAAGCCAUAUGGAUAUCCAGCAACAAGUCCAAGGGCAUCUGGAAGGCGCUCUUCAUACAACUGAAAGUUCAGGCACAAUUGUUGUAAAAGCCACUUACAAGGAGCUUUCAGUGAGAAUUGUUUUCUCUUUGACUUUACCGAUUAAUCAACUAAUUGAAGAAAUAGGCAUGAAGUUCCAACUUGAGUUGAACAAAUAUAGAUUGCUUUAUCAAGAUGAAGAUAAAGAGUGGAUGAUGCUGACUAGUGUGGAAGAUUUGAAGUAUGCUUCGAAUGUUGCUGAAUCAUUGGGAACCAAGUUUGUUAGAUUGUCUGUUAUUGACUAUGUUGUUUAAUAAUGUGCUUCCAUUUAUUUGAGUGAUUUAAGUGUAACACUCCAAAGUUGACCUAAGUAUUGUAGAGAUGUUUGUCUGUUAUGAACAAAAAAUUGUCGUGAUGUAACUCAAUAACUUUACUGCUCUACUGAAUAAUACCAGUACAUGAAUAUUUUUAUUUUUUGUGAUGGAACAAGAACUUUGUGAUA